CGGCUCUGCCCUCCGGUAUCAAGGCGGCUAGUUCAAGUUGCCAUAGCGGCGAGGUUUCAAGAUACUGAUGGCAGAUUCAUCCAGUGAUUCAGACAACUUUUUUAGGGCUCCAAUAGGAAGAUGGCCACCUUUGAGGAAGGCAUCUCACAACAGAGCUUGGAACUAUAGUGCUGAAGAAGUUACAGAGAAGAUUCAUACGUUAGCAAGCACUUUACAGGAUACCAACAGAAACCUGAGACAUGUUGACCAUUUGCUGGGGCAAUACAGAGAAUACAACAAGGAACAAACAGAAGCAAUAGCAACUUUAAAAGAAACUUUGGAACAGUCUAUAGGUCAGUUAAAGAGUCAACGACUAACCCGAAAUUCUGGAAUGAGAAGUGCUUCUCUCUCAAGUUUAUACCCUAGUGAUUUGGAUGGGGAAACUGUGUCAGGGAUCCACCACUUCGUGCCUACUUCUCCUCUCAGGGAUUAUGGAGACUCACAGGGCAAUAGACAUCGAAGGUCUAGAUCUGCAAGUGUUCGAUUUGUCAACAAGACUGAUAAUUUGAAUCAGCUGCAUUCUUUCCACCAGUCUCUUCGCGAUAUUAGUAGCGAACAAGUUCGUCUUGGAGAUGACAUCAGUCGGGAGCUUUCAAGAAGAGAUAGGGCUGAUGCAGAAAUGAGAGAGGCUCUAGCGGCGUUGUCUGAAAAGCUCUCGGAGUCCCAAAAACAAGAAACGGUAUCAACACGUGUAGAGAGAAGACUUCAGGAGAUAGAACAAGAAAUGCGUGCUGAAAGACAGCUUAUAGAAAGGCGCCAGGACCAACUGGGACAGAUGUCUGUUCAAUUACAAGAGGCUUUAAAGAAGCAGGAUGCUAAAGCAAUAGAAACAGAAGAACUUGUGAAAAAUAAAGUUGUGAAAUAUGAAAGUGAAAAGAAACAACUUGAGCAAGAAUUGGAGCAGUCCCAGAAAAAGCUGAAUCAAUCAGAAAGCAAUAGAGAAGCUCUUUUGCAUCAGAUUGAAGAUCUUCGUUCCCAACUUUUGAGAGCAGAGGAAGAUCGUGCAGACUUGCAGCGUCAAAUUUCAAGUGUGGUUAUGCAUCAUCAGAGCUCCCAGGAUGUGCGAGAAGAUGAAAGGAGAAUUAGAACAGUAGCUGAAAGAUACGAGAGAGAAAAGCAAGAACUGGAGAAACAUAUUUUGGAGCUUAAAGCAAAACUGACUCAUAACACAGCAAUGUCAGAGAUAGAAGAGCUGAAGAGACACAUGGAGCAUAAGGACAAGGAGAAAGCACAGCUUGUGUUACACAUAGAGGCGUUAACAUCUGACCUGGAAAACAGGAAGAAGCAGCAGCAAAAAAUGCUAGACCAGCUAAAAGAGAUGCAGAGUUGCUACAAGGCUAGUGAGAAUGGACGUAGGCAAACAGAACUCCAGACUGCUGAGUUAGCUCAUCAAGUUCAAGAGAGUACCAAGGAAGCAGAACGGUACCUUACUGAAUUCAAGCAUUCAGAGACGCUCAGGCUGGAAACUGAGAAAAGAAGAGAAGAUUUGAAGGUGAGAGCACAGGAAGCCAUCCGACAAUGGAAACUGAAGUGUAAGAAACUGGAUCGUGAGGUGGAAAAACAAAAUGAAGCUAUAAGUGAACUGAUGGAUAAAAAUAAUCAGGUCCUCAAGGAGAAAGAUGACCUCAGAAAACAACUUCUCUCUGCUAUACACCAAGUAGAAAACCUUCAGAAAGAACUGGAUGAUGUGCUUACAAAAAGAGCCCAGCAGGAAGAACAACUUCACUGCAAAGAGGUAAAACUAAAUGAAAUGAAAUCUCAACAACUAUCUCUGGAAGAAGAGAUAAAGGAAGUUCGAGGUACUGUAAAUAAAUUAGAGAAUGAGUUGAAAAAGCAAAUCUUUCUACAAAAUCAGAUGCAAGCUGAAAAGGAACAUUUGGAGCAAGAGCUUGCAAGUAGUAACUCAAUUCAUGAAAAAGACCUGGAAAGACUCUUAGAAAUGCAAGCAGAUGUAAAAAAUUUGAGUGCUGUGCGUGUGGAGCUUACAAACAGAAUAGCAGAAGAAGAAAAAAUCAAAAAGGAAUUACAUAAGAGCCUCUCAGAACUCCAGAAACAUCAGGAAUCUAAGCAUGAAGAGAUGACUUCAGCUAAUAAACAGCUGAAGAUGGAAAGAGAAGUUCAUCAACAGGAGUCAGCGGAACUUCGAUUAGAGUUACAUAAUGCUAAGAUCAAACAUGAACGAAACAUUCAAGAGCUUACGAAACUCCUUAAACAAGAAAAGGAUGAUGCAGACUCUCAGAUCAGAAUGCUAAAGAUGGAACUUGUAGAACAGAAGAGCAUAGUCAAGACUCAGAGUCAACAACUGGAGAAGAUAAAAAUAGAAUGUGAUAAAUUGACAAAAGAAUUAACCCAGUGUGAAGAAGAAAAUACAGAACUCAGGCGAAAAUUUGAGUUUGUAAAACAAGAACUAGAGAAAAAGGAUAAACAGAUCAGUGAUGAAGAAGAUCAUUUGAGAAGGAUGGACAAGGCAAGACUGCAGUUUAAGGUUCAGCUGCAUCAUUUAGAAAUGGAAAAGGAAUCUAUUCUCACCACGAUCGGAACUGAAAUUGAUGCUGCUUGUGAGAUUUUUUCUCGGGAUUGCAUGGAGAAAUUCAAAGCAAUAUCACUUACACCAACAGUGCUGAAUGAUCCUCAUCGUUGGUUAGCAGAGACAAAGACUAAGCUGCAGUGGCUGUGCGAAGAGGUGAAGGAGAGAGAAAGUAAAGAAAAAAAGCUGCGACGCUACUUGCUGCAGAGCCAACAACAUCUCAAGCACUUUACACAGCUGAAGGAGUCUGAACAUCAGUCUCUCUUCAAAAAGAUAAAAAAGCAAGAACAACUUUUGGAAGAAGUUUACAGAGAGAGGAGAGAGCUACGAGAGAAGUUGCUCAGAAGAGAGGAGGAAAUGGGAGCUCUCCAGGAACGAAUUAUGUCCUUAGAAAAGAGUACUCGAGUAGCUUUAGACCAUCUGGAGUCUGUUCCUGAGAAACUGAGCCUCUUAGAAGAUUUCAAAGAUAUUGGAGAGUCCCAUUGCAGGAGGGAGAUGAUUGAGGAGAGGUAUACAAAGUAUAAAGAAAUAGUGACUUCUCUGCAGCAGCAGCUGGAAGGCUCAAAACAAAGAGCCCAACAAUUCAAGGAUGGAUGCAGCAGCCAUGUGGAAAUGGAUGCCGAAAUUUCUGGUAUACAAGUGGCUGCUUCUUCUUCUAGUUGGCAAACUCAAAACAACUUUUUGUCCAGCUCACUGCUCUCAGAUUCUAGUUCACAUAUGCAGAGAAUAAUCCCUUUUGAUACAAAUGCUACCAAGGAAGAUUCUGUUAAUGUUGCCAUCAGUGAAAUGAAGCUGCAAGCAGGAAGAGGGAAACAGUAGGACAUUUUACAAAAACUCAGAAGACUUUUUUUGAACUGGUAAUUCCAUCCACUGUAGGAGGAAACAUCCGUAACAAUUCAAUGAUUGCCAAACACUUCAAUGAAGAGUCCCAAAAGAGACUCUGAUCAGCUCCUGUAACCUGUACACCAAAGGUUUUCUGAGACUGUGAUAUUCUUUUGCAUUUUGCUCUGCAGUUCUAAACUAAAUUUAUUGUAUCCCUGAAAUAUUAUGAAUUUAAAGAACUGUGACAUUAAUCUUUGAUAUUUACCCAUGUACAGGACUUGUGCUGACGUGUUAUUUAAAAAGAUUUAAUAAUAUUAGUAACAAU